AUGACAUGUUACCAUAAGCUUACCAGAGCCAAGAUUGAAGCUGGUAGUUCAUUAACCAUAAUGACAGAUAUAGAACCGCCUGACCUUCUUGGAUUCUCUUCAACUCGAAUACAACGAGCUAAUCGUAUCAAUAAUGUAGAACAAUCUAGAUUACAAGGCCGAUUGCAACUACUGGAGAAGGAAAAGAUCCACAAAAUUCGCGUUACAAACCAAGAUAUUAGAUUGAUAUCAUUAACGUUGGAAUACAUACAAUCCAGUAGCGGUAGGAGUUCAGAAGGUCGAGGCCCAGAUGUUCCAAUUGAAAAGAAGAAAGUAGAUCAAGGUCCGUGUUUUCUCUAUGGUGAACGCAUCCUUAGUCGUAAAGUAAGACGAUUUCAACGGCCACAGUCUGCCUUUGACCACACUACAAGCCACGUCGAUAGUGAGACAUCAUCUGCAUCUUCAGUUCCAGUACGACCUCAAAGUAGCCCGACUAAGCGUAAACCUAUCAUAUCUUGGGCUGCUUCUAGUUGUAAUGCUGAAACAGCUAGUACAGUUUCAGAUGAUGAGUCUGAGCCAGAGUCAGUACGAUCAGCUUGGGAGGAUGAUACCUCUGAUGUUACCAAACGAAUCUUACAAAUUCAAGAAGGAAAAAUCGAAUAUAAAGUAGCUUUGCAUGACCGACAGAUAGGACAUUUACGUGGACAAAGAGAAAAGGGGAAGGCCAAAGUGAUUACAUUACAAGAAUCUUUAGAAAAAGAUUUUGCUCUUCAACUAGAUUCCAAAAAGACUUCGGGUUUAAGUAAAAAUGCCCAGUUAUCGGAAAUUUUGAACCAAAGACGCCCAACAUUAACUGCAUCAACAUGGGGACGACAUCUGUCUAAAGGUGGUCUUACGCCAAUGACGUAUGAUAUUCGUAGUCAAAACGUUCGAUCAGAAAAAUUAAAAUUGAACAAUAAACGUCAAUUGGCUAUUCAGAAGAAACUCAAUAUAUUUAGACGUAAAUAUCCGGCUUAA